AUGGGAGACGAGUACUCGGUGGUCCCUCGUCCUUUAAAAUGGCCAAAUGUACCCCCAGGGCAAGACAGACUCAUAUUUUCGGAUACCGAUGUCUUGCACGGGAAACGCGCCCAAAUCAAGACGCCAGCCCAGCUAAACUUGGAAACUCAUUCACAGACUCCCCAGCCCACGAAGCCAGCCCCGAUGGCUGGCCAAAUCAAACCCGGAAACCCAAACGAUAACAAAUUCCGCGACGCAAAACCUCGCCUGAUGCUGAUGGGACUACGUCGAAGCGGCAAAUCCUCUAUAUCUAGCGUCGUCUUCCACAAAAUGCCCCCAAACGAGACGUUGUUCUUGGAAUCGACUACGCGAAUUCAGAAAGAUUCGGUCCACUCUUUCAUGGACUUCCAAGUCUGGGACUUUCCUGGACAGUUGGAACUCCUUGGCCCAUCCUUCGACUUAGAAGAAGUCUUUGGAUCUCUCGGCGCUGUUGUAUGGGUCAUCGAUGCUCAAGACGAUUAUGUGGAGUCUGUAGUGCGCCUCAACCGCACUAUUUUGACUAUCAUGCAGUAUUACCCAAACAUUAACAUUGAAGUCUUCAUCCACAAGGUCGACGCCCUAGCUGAUGAAUACCGGACGGAAGUGUUUCAGGAUAUUGUACAGCGCAUUUCGGAUGAUCUCAGCGAUGCUGGCUACGAAAAUGCACCUGUGCAUUACUAUCUUACGUCCAUCUACGACUAUUCCGUCUUCGAAGCUUUUAGCAAGGUGAUUCAAAAAUUGAUUCCACAGCUCCCGACUCUCGAGAACCUGAUCAACAUUCUCUGCAAUAACUGUGGGUUUGACAAGUGUUAUCUCUUUGACGUACUCAGCAAGAUCUACAUUGCAUCCGACACUCGCCCUGUUGAUAUGUCCUGUUACGAGAUGUGCUCCGACUACAUCGACGUGAUUGUCGACAUCUCCGAGCUUUUCUCGUGGGAGCAUCCGGAUCGCAAGCCCAAAGGGGACCAGAUGCGCGAGGCCGAGUCUCAUGUCGUACUGCAAAACGCAAGCAUGAUCCAUCUGAUGGAAAUGAACAAGUAUCUUUGCCUUGUCUCGGUGAUCCACAACCCCGACGCGAAUGAGAAGAAGGGGCUGAUCGACAUGAACUGCCGGGUCUUUCAAGACGCGCUCAAUGAUAUUUUUUCGCGGUCAUGGGACCAGUCGACCGAGGAGCAACCUGCUGAAGGGGAAACUUCUGAAGAGGCUACUUCAAUUUUGCCCCAACUUAUUUAUCUGGUUAACGCUGGGUUGACUCUAUCCUUCUUCUUCUUGUUCUUUGCCUUUCGUCGCAACGUCAAGACUCUAGGUGUUUCAAUUAGCUUCAAAUCUUCCCCGACAAGACAAACUGAUAUAUACAUCUUCACAAUGAAGAGAGAGGACGUCGUCUAUUUCGGCGCCGGCCCGGCAUAUUUGCCUACAGACGUGCUUGCAACAGCGGCUGCUGCGCUGCAAAACUAUCAAGACACUGGAUUGGGCGUGGCAGAACACAGCCACCGUAGUCAAUUGGCUGCAGACAUCGUCAAUAACAUGAAAGCCGACCUUGUCAACUUCCUCGAGGUCCCUCCUUCGCACGAGGUCUUGAUCAUGCAAGGCGGCGGAUCAGGUCAGUUCGAUGCAACUUUGUACAACACCAUCUCGAUCUGGGUCGAACAACAGAAGCAACAGAUUCUUCAGAGUAAAGCAGAAGCCAGCGAGGCGGAAGUGCUGGAGCAACUGCAGCAAAAGGUCAAGUCAGAACUGAAAAUAGACUACCUGGUCACUGGCUCGUGGUCAUUGAAAGCGAGUCAGGAGGCUGUCCGACUCCUGGGCCCGGACUAUGUCAAUGUCGCAUCUGACGCGCGCAAGUCCAAUGACGGCAAAUUCGGCAAGAUUCCUGAGGAGUCGACCUGGAAACUGAGCGAGAAACCGGCCAUGGUUUAUCUGUGCGAAAACGAGACGGUUGAUGGCGUCGAAUUCCCCAGCUUCCCCAAGGUGCUUGAAUCAAAGGCAUCAAAUGGUGGUACCAUCGUCGUUGGCGACUUUUCUUCUACGAUUCUGUCGCGCAGAAUCCCAUUCGAGUACUUCUCCAUCGUCUUCUUUGGAGCGCAGAAGAACCUGGGCUCAACAGGAAUCACACCAGUGAUUGUCAGAAAGGAUCUUGUCUCGCUUCUGACGGGCAAGAAUACGCCCGAGCUUAUCCGCAAACUUGGCUUGCCUGUUUCGCCCACGACUCUGGAUUAUUCCGUGAUUGCGAAGAAUAACAGUCUCUACAAUACCUUGAGCAUAUUCGAUGUCUUCGUGGCUGGCCAAGUCCUUAAGAAGCUUCUUGCUUCGUUCCCCGACAAGGUCCAUGGUCAGGAGGUUGUUGCCGGCAGGAAAUCAGCCCUCCUCUACGAUGCCCUCGAUGCGUAUCCAGAGGUAUACAAAGUCGUUCCAGACAAGAAUGCACGCUCGAGAAUGAACAUUUGCUUCCGAGUGACCAAGGGCGGCAAUAUCGACGAAGCCGAAAAGGCUUUCUUGAAAGGCGCAACUGACCGAGGACUGCUGGGUCUGAAGGGCCAUCGAAGCGUUGGUGGUAUUCGGGCAUCCAAUUACAAUGCUGUUCCGGAAUCAGGCGUGGAGAAACUGGUUGCAUUUGUCAAGGAGUUUGCAACGGCUGCAUAUGAAAUUGGAGACCUUCAAGUGGAAGCGCCGGCCCGCGACGGACAAUUGACAAUUGAUUCGUCGGCUCCGCCCGCUGCUUCCCGUUCCAUACAACGAAGACCAGAUUAAAUGCCACCGACCCUCCGCAGCCGCAGAAACAACAACGCCGACUCGGCCCCCCCACGAGUCGUCGAGGUCGACACCGACGAAGAAGUCGAAAUCACGCGAGCCACAGCCCAGGAGCAGGAACGCAACAAAGCGGAGAAAUCAGGCACAGCAAAGGGCGGCAAAAAGGCCAAAGUUUACAAGAGCGAUGCUGAUGACGAGGGCGACGAUGAUGAACGCUUUAUUUCCGUGCUCGACGUGAUCCGGGUCCUUGUCACACUGGUGCUGCUAUCUGUUGGACUGAGUUAUUAUGUGACUGCUGGGGAGAGUUAUACAUGGGGGUUUGAGAAGGAUCGACCAUGGUGGAUGCGGUAUAAUGAUGUUAAGCAGUUUAUUAAAGGCCCAAUUAACCUGACCCCCUCGGAACUCGCACUCUACAAUGGCUCUGAUUCUUCUCUGCCAAUCUACCUUGCCAUCAACGGCACUAUCAUCGACGUGUCGGCAAACCCGCGCGUCUACGGACCCGGCGGCGGCUACCACUUUUUCGUCGGCCGCGAUGCCUCACGAGCCUUUGUGACGGGUUGCUUCCAAGAAGAUCUUACACACGACAUGCGAGGCGCUGAAGAGAUGUACAUCCCCAUCGAAGACGACGAUACCUCGCACCGCGAGCAGAGGUUGACCAAGGGCGAGAAGCAGCGCCGCCACGAGAGAGAGCUUGUAGAAGCCCAAGAGAAAGUGAACGCGCAGUUGAACCAUUGGCUGAACUUUUUUUCGAACCAUAAAAAGUACUUUGCGGUUGGCAAUGUGAUCCUCGAGGAUCACGAGCAGCUGGAAAAGAGAGUCUUGUGUGAAGGCGCACAGCACAAUCGGCCUAGGCGAAGUGAGCUGAAUGAACAGCUUUAA